AUUGACUGAUGUCAAAAUAGUUUGACAAUUUAUUGUAAAACAAGGGUGAUUUAAUGUAGUUUUAAACAUAAAAAUAUUACUAUUUUCAUAAUGACUGAAAAUGAAGACGAAAUUACGACAUUUUGUGACUCAGCCGCAUCGUUGGUGGAGGGAUGUCGACUACCAGUUCGAAUGCAAGGUGGAGAUGAUUGGCCACUCGCUGAAAUUAUAAGUAUCAAAGAAGUUCGUGGGCAAAGAGGAUAUUAUGUACACUAUGUUGAUUUCAAUAAACGUUUAGAUGAAUGGGUUGGGGAAUCAUGGUUGGACACAAGAAAGGUACAAUUUCCAAGAAGAGAUGGCGCACCGACUGGUGGUACGACAACUCCAAAGAAAACUCACAUUGGAUCUGGAGGUGGCGUCAUGCCUACUUUUCUUAAUGAAACUGUCUGCAAUGAAAAUCAGAAAACCGUUAUUAAUAGCAAUAGAGAAAAUAAUGUGAAUCAUCAAACCACACCAAAAUUACCCGAGAAAGUACAAACCCCACUAAAUGGUUCAACUCCAAAAAUUACACCUGUUCAAAUUCCACCAUUAGAACCUCGUCAGCUGAUAUCUCGGCCGGCGAGCCCCACACUCAUAAAUGAUUCACCGUCGCUUGUAAACGGCGGCGCAGUUCUCGCCGCUGCGCUACAAAAGAAAAUGAACAGAAAACGGAAAGCCAAUUCUUCGGAGAAUGAUUGUGCGCAGUGCCCGGCGGCGGAGACGGAGGCGGCGGAGGGCGAGGGCGGCGCGAGCGGCGCGGCCACGCCCACGGCGCGCCCGCGGCAGUCCGGCAGCCUCGUGGCGCACGGGCACGACGACCUCGUCACGCGCAUGAAGAACAUCGAGAUGAUCGAGCUCGGCCGCCACCGGAUCCGACCCUGGUACUUCGCGCCCUACCCGCAGGAAAUGGUAAAUCUACCAUGUAUAUACAUAUGUGAAUUCUGUCUCAAAUACAGAAAAAGUAAAAAGUGCUUAGAAAGACAUCUCAUAAAAUGCAAACUCAAACAUCCACCGGGUAACGAAAUAUAUCGCAAAGGCAGUAUAUCGUUCUUCGAGAUAGAUGGCAGGAAGAACAAGUGCUACGCUCAAAAUCUAUGUUUACUAGCAAAACUGUUCUUAGACCACAAGACACUGUAUUACGAUACUGACCCAUUUUUAUUUUACGUUAUGACGGAGUUCGAUUCAAGAGGUUUUCACAUAGUAGGAUAUUUUUCAAAAGAGAAGGAAAGUACAGAAGACUACAAUGUAGCUUGUAUAUUAACAUUACCUCCAUACCAAAGAAAAGGAUAUGGAACAUUACUUAUAGAAUUUAGUUAUGAAUUAUCAAAGUUCGAAGGUAAGACUGGUUCCCCAGAGAAACCUUUGUCGGAUCUUGGUCUACUCUCGUAUAGAAGUUACUGGGCUCAAACUAUUUUAGAAAUAUUAAUAAAUAUCAAACCAGUCGGUGACAAUGAGAAACCAAUUAUCACUAUUAAUGAAAUCUGCGAGCUUACAAGUAUUAAGAAAGAGGACGUUAUCAGUACUCUGCAGAAUUUAAAUCUAAUAAAUUACUACAAGGGCCAAUACAUCGUCUCUGUGAAUCAGGAAACGAUACAACAACACGAAAAGGCAAUGGAGAAGAAGUUAUUACGAAUCGAUCCGAAAUGUUUGCAUUGGACACCAAAGGAUUGGUCCAAACGAGCCAAAUGCGUUUGAAGUGUUUCGGAGAUGCGAGCUAUCUAACUCGGGCUUCGACACGUAGGGAAAUCGGAAUGAAGUUAUAUCAGGAACUUUGCUCAGCGGGCAGUAAUUUAUUGUGAUUCAGCCAUUUAUUUGUAAUAUUUGAAUGUUUUUUACACUGCAACUAGUUAAAAAUUGAACAGAAUAUUUUUGUUCGAAAAUAUAAAGCCCGUGUAAAAUAUUGUAGAUACAAUUUCUGUAACUAUCCGUGUAUAUUGUGAUAUUAAAUAAA